AUGGAAGGUGUACCUGAUCACCUGAUGGUCGUACUCAGUGGAGACACCGUCGUCACAAUAACCUUAAAAUGGAUAACUGUGUAUAAAGUACACCUAAUCAAUUUUAUAUGUUAUGAAUAUGUGCCAAUCACCAUUGAAUUUUAUAAUUUCCCAUUACCGAACUUUGGAAGACGAUAUUCUAACCUGAUCCUGGUACGCUCUCUUUUGAUGCCUCGUUUCAUCAAUGGGGUGCUGCUAUCUCAUACAUAUAUUAAUGGUACCACUAAUAGCCUACCAAUAGUAUCAUAUCAUAUGGAUCCCAGUCCAGUCAACUGGUAUUACCAUAAUAUUGAUCUGCCAAACCUUGACCUGCUGAACCCUCACCUUAGGAAGCUUCAUCUGCCUUGCCUUCUGCCUAACCUUCAGCAGACAAGCCAUCUGUUGAUCCUCUUAAGGCACUACCUGAAUCGGCUUCAGAUCGUCUAUGAUGCAGACAAGCCGGAGGUAAGUGUUCCUGGUGCUGGUGCUGUCAGGGAUGAAGUUAUGUCAGUUUUGUUUCCCCUUUGUCUCACAUUAUUAUUAUGA